AACGAAAGCUCUAACAUUCAAAUACUAUACUAUGCAUAUAGAGAGAGAAAAUGUAGAGAGAGAGUAAUCAAGUCCACGUAAUUGAAUGUGGUCCGUGUAUGGAACGAAGGAUACAAGGAAGAACACGCUGUUAUCCUUCUUCACCCUUCUAUUAACAAACAAACUCAUUUCAGGCUUUUGUUAUCUCACUCGCUUCAAUUUCUACUAAAUUCAGUACUAUUAUCAUUCAGUUCGUGUUGUGUAAUUCGUAUGGCUACUGAAGAAGAUGAACAAUCUUCUGGUUUUAGUUUGGAAGGUGUUGAUGAUGUUCAGGACUUCGUUUGGGGAAAUGAAGGGGAGUCGUUAGAUACAGGACGGUAUAAUCAUCUUUAUGAUUUAAUGAAAAAAGGUAACAAAGCAUUCAGAGAUGAUCGGUAUGAGGAGGCAGUCCAUUGUUACUCGAAAGCUCAUAAUAUCAAACCAGAUGAUCCUGUCAUUCUUAGCAACCGAUGUGCUGCUUACCUCAGGAUUGGUCAAUUUCUGAAACACAGACCAGCUUCUUUGUCUGAACGAAGACCACUAAGUGGGCUUGAUCCUACGACACAUGCUAGUCUUGCAUUGAAGGAUGCUGAGCAGUUUAUGAACUUAAAAAAUAAUUCUAUAUUGGCAUAUAUCUUGAAGGCAAACACGCUCAUUUUGUUAGAGAAGUUCGAGUUAGCUCGUGAUGUAAUUCUUACAGGUCUUCAAGUUGAUGCUUCAAGCAAUGCUUUAAAGAAAUUAGAAAAGUUCACAGCCAACAUUUUUGGGAAGAGAAACCAUGGUCAAACGCCACGUACCGAUGACUUUGACUGCACUGUUUGCUUAAAAUUGCUCUAUGAGCCAAUCACAACUCCAUGCGGGCAUACUUUUUGUCGGUCAUGCCUCUUCCAAUCAAUGGACCGGGGAAACAGAUGCCCAUUGUGCCGAACGGUUCUGUUUAUCAGUCCCAGAACUUGUGCAAUUAGUGUGACACUGAAAAAUAUAAUCGAGAGGAAUUUCCCAGCGGAAUAUGCAGAACGGAAAUUGGAGAAUGACAGUUUGACCAAUAUGGGACCUGAUUUUUUACCUCUUUUUGUCUUGGAUGUCGUCCUACCUUGCCAAAAAUUUCACUUGAAUAUUUUUGAAGCCCGUUACAGACUUAUGGUGAGGAGAAUCAUGGAAGGAAAUCGGAGAAUGGGAAUGGUUAUACUUGACUCCACGACAGGAUCUGUAGCUGAUUAUGCAUGUGAAGUGGAAAUAACAGAUUGUGAGCCACUUCCAGACGGGCGUUUUUUCCUGGAGGUUGAAAGUCGGCGAAGAUGUCGAAUCCUUAGAAAUUGGGAUCAAGAUGGGUACCGUGUUGCUGAGAUUGAAUGGGUGCAGGAUUUGACUCCAGCAGAAGGAACCAAAGAGAGAUCUGAUUUGCAGGAUAUGACAGAUAUAGUGGCAGAAUAUGCUCGAUCAUGGAUACGGGCAGCUCAAGAAGCAGCACGAGGAGAUCAAAUGAGACUUACAGAACUACAUAAAGCAGAAGGUUUGAUGCCUUCAACAACGGAUCUUGAAAGCUUCAGUUUUUGGCUUGCGACUUUAACACAUCGGAGGCCACAAGAGAGACUGGACCUCCUUCGCAUUAGAGAUACAACAGCGAGAUUAAGGAGGGCAUACCAUUUCAUGAAAGCAGAGGAAUAAGGUUAUAAAUCGAAUGAAAUUAAAGAUCCAACUUGAAUGACAUUCUCUGAUACUGAUAUACAGGUCUCUCAACACAAUUUUUUUUCUAAAUUUUUAUGAUACAAUAAUCUUUUUCUCACAAUUUUGGUCCCAACCUUUUUUGAUGUCUUGUAUAAUAUUAUACUUUGUCCUUUUGAAGGUGAACAUACGAUUGUUUUGGCAGUUUAUGCCUUAUGGUAUUGUAUAAUAAUGGGUGAGUUAAAAAAAAUAAAUAUGUGAAAUAUGAUUUGUCUAA